UCAAUCAUCACAAUAUCUGUUUAGAACCACGAAUUUAAUGCAAAACUGAUAUUUGUUGAACAUUGAUCCAAUUAUGGCAGCAAUACCGCUAAUGUACGCGCAAGAAGAUUGUGAACUUGGAGGAAAAGAAUCAAUGGAGGACGAUUUUGCGUAUCGCAACAAUGUAAUGAAUGCAGAUAAGGAAAUUAGAUUGGGAUUUAUCCGUAAGGUUUAUGGCCUUCUCGCAGUCCAACUACUUGCUACAUUGGCUAUUUCAACUGUGUUCUUGCAAGUGACUCCGGUGAAGAGUUUUAUUCAUGAAAAUGAUUGGAUGGUAUUUAUCGCAUUCAUACUAAGCAUUGGCACACUUUUGGCUCUGAUAGUGAAGAGACGUGACAGCCCUGCUAAUUUGUACCUCCUUGCUGCAUUUACUGUGGUGCAGUCCUAUACAGUGGGUGUUAUUGUAUCUUUCUAUGAUACCUUUGUAGUGCUGCAAGCAUUGGCUCUCACUUUCACCGUGGUUUUCUCUCUGACGCUCUACACCCUCAACACAAAGCGUGAUUUCUCAUUUAUGGGUUAUGGCCUCGUAGCUGGACUCAGCGUUCUCAUUAUUGGUGGCUUACUUCAAAUCUUUAUCCAAAGUUCCGGGUUAGAGCUACUCUUGGCGUUUGGUGGUGCUAUCCUGUUCAGCUUGUUUUUGAUCUUCGACACGCAGCAGAUGAUGACCAACCUGUCGCCUGAGGAAUACAUUCUGGCGACCAUUAAUUUAUACAUGGAUAUUAUCAAUUUGUUCUUACACAUUCUCCGCAUCCUUAAUGAAUUGAACCGCAAUUAAGCGUCUAUAGUUUUUCAGCUCUAUUACAGAAUUUACCUUUUAUCUCGAUGUAUUAGUAUUUAACAGUAUUUAAGAUUUCUGUAAAUGGCACUUAGUAAUCUUUAAACCA